AUGAGUGUAAGAUUUGGUUAUCUUCGGAUUAAGGCGGGGCCCUCUAUAUCUGUUGGACGGUGCCCACUACAUGCUAAAGAGAAGCCUGUUAAUCGGGCGGGUCCCGAUAAUUGUUGUCGUGCGACUGGAGUUGAGUUGCCGACUAUCUCGCCUCCUGCAGUGGAGUCGCCAGGGUUGACGGUUAUUGAUGGAGAUUGGUGUCACAACGUGUCUUUCAAUCAUUCUGGUUUGCCAAAACACCCCUUCGGCUUCUCAAUCAAGCAGAAAAAGGCUUCUGAUUUUUCUCUGCAUUUGCUUUGCGAUUUCACCUGGGUGUACAAGACCUCCGAGCUCAAAUGGCGAAUCUCUUCUCUCUCUCUCGGAUUCAACAGCACCGAUAUUCAAAAUUGGGUAGACGAAUCUCCUCAAAUCCUUUUCGCAGACGCCGAAAAAACCCUAAAACCAAGGAUUCAGUUUUUUCAAAAUUUGGGUCUCGCUGGUUCAGAACUGAGUAAGUUCAUUUCCAAAAACCCAGGUUACUUAUCUAAUCGUUUUGAACGGCUGAAACCCUGUGUUGAUGUCAUAAAAGAGCUGAUGAAUCAUGACAAUGAGAAUCUGAUUCGAACAUUGACAAGAUGUAAUUGGGCUGAUAUUAAGCAACCGGUGACAAGAAUCUCUGCUAAUAUCAAAUACUUAGAACAAUGCGGAAUUGUUGGGUCACAACUUGUUACAAUUACAACAAGACAACCAAGACUGUUGAUAAUGGGUGAAUCAGAGCUUAAAGAUCUUGUAUCCAAGGUGUUAGACAUGGGAUUCUCACUCGAUUCAAGAAUGCUGGUUCAUGCUCUGUAUACUUUGAGCUGUAUGAGUGAUGAAACAAUUAAAAGAAAGUUUAAAUUAUUCCAAUCAUUUGGGUUCACUAAAGUCGAAUGUUCAGAUAUGUUUAAAAGGGCUCCUGGAUUGUUUAGAGUAUCUGAAUCAAAGUUAAAUCUUGGGAUUGAAUUCUUCUUAAAUACAGUUAAGUUUGAUAAGGCUGUGUUAGUUCGUCGACCUACUUGUUUGAUGCUUAGUUUGGAAGAACGAGUGAUUCCCAGGUAUAAAAUUUUAAAUAUUUUGACAUCAAAAAAGAUUUUGAAGAAGACACCGAAGUUUCUUAAUGUGAUGUGGUUGCCUGAAGAUGAGUUCUUGGAGAAGUUCAUAUCUAAGAACAGAGAUAACGCCGAUGAGUUGUUAUUGGCUUACAAAUGUGGUGAUUUGGUUGUGCCAAAAGAAUGA